AUGGUCUCGAAAGAUUCAAAUGGGGAACCCCAAACACCCAAAGAUAGCCAAGUAAAAGAGACAGUCCCGGUGAAAGCUCCUUGGGUAAAUCUCUUUAAAGAUAAUAGGAAACCUGAUGAAGGCACGAAACUCCAAACUAUCGAUGAUCUCCCCGAAAUUGUGGCUUUGGAGGAGGAUGAUGUGCAUGAAGUCGAAGAUGCCUGGGGGUUUAGUUUGGUUGGCUAUGUUGCUGGUCGUUUUCCGGGCAAAACAGCACUUUUGCAGCUAUGCAAUUCGUGGAAGGUAAAUUACAAGUACUCUGUCCAUACAAGUGGCUGGUUAAUUUUUAAGUUCGAGAAUGCGGAAGAUAGACUUAAUGUGCUCGAGGGGAGGCCAUACUUUGUCUUUGGCAGGCCGCUUAUGUUGAAGAUUAUGCCCCAAUUUUUUGAGUUUGAUGACAAAGAAAUCAGCACCGUACCAAUUUGGAUUAAUCUACCUGGGUUACCACUUGAAUGUUGGAAGUCGAAGGCGCUAAGCAAGAUUGUAUCAAAAGUGGGAAAGCCGAUAUCAACCGACAAACUCACUUCAACUAUGGACAGAAUUUCAUACGUGAGGGUUUUAGUCGAAGUUGAUGUAUCCAAGGAGCUAGUAAGGACAGUUCAUAUGAUGUUACCAAAUGGAAAAUUGAGGGAACAGGGAGUUUACUUUGAGCACGUUCCAAAGUAUUGCAAUACAUGUAAAAUGUUUGGACAUCCAACUUUGGGAUGCAAUGUUAAUAGACAGCAUGCAGAUGGCAAAGGGGUAGAAUCAGGAAGCAAACAGGUUGGUACAAAAAUAGGUCAGGUUUCAGGCAACACUAAGGAACCAACAGCACAAUCAAAUCCAGCUGAUCAGAAUGGUUCAGACAUUGGUGCUGACAAAACUGGAAUGAGGAAGUCUGGGGAAAACAGUGAAACACAGCAAAGGGAACAAGAUGAUGAGGUGCAAAACCAGUUUAAUGUAGUGGACAGGAAUAAGAACCGAAAUAACCAGAAAAGGCAGAAAAAUGCAAGGCAGGAAACACGGCCAUUGAAUGGGUUAAAGGCAGCCUCGAACGAGAAACUCAAAGGGAAAUUAGACGAGUCACAUCUUGCAGUAGCUAAAAAGGAUAAAACGAAGGGCAACGUCCUUCGCAUAUCAUCAUGA